UCUUCUACAUUUCACAUUGAAACGCAUUUCACAUUCUUGGGAGAUAAGGUCAUGUUGAUUUGUGGUUAAACAAAAAACUAUUCUUCCCCGUAACUCUUUUAUUUCUUUAUUUUUUUAAUGUAGAUUUAAGAUCAAACUUCUUUUAUACAAUAACGUGUAGACACUAUUUAUAUUAUUUGAAGAACACCUGAUGUAAAUAAUUAGUUAUAAAUUCUUUCACCGUCUGUCAAUUUAAGUAGCUUAAUAAUGUUAUUGAUUACAAGUAAUCACUUGAAUUUUGUAAAAUUAUUGCUGAGUGUUACUACUCUUGGAUGUUGCCUUUACAUCACUUCUGCUUAUGAGAUAGGAAGUUGUAAUGAAGCAGUGUGUGCGUCCAUAGUCAGUAAAUGCAUGUUGACACAAUCCUGUAAAUGUGAUGCUAAAAAUAUAACAUGCAGCAAGGAUUGCUUUUAUUGUUUAGAUUUUCUCUAUUCAGAAUGCUGUUCAUGUGUGGAAUUGUGUCCAAAGAAGAAUGACACAGAUAACUAUUUGAACAUGAAAUCUCAUGUGGAAGACUUGCCUGAACCUUUUCCUGAUUUAUUUAGCGUACUUACUGAAGAAAAAGAUAGCAGAUUGAGAUGGAUAUCUUAUACUUACCCAGUUGAGAUAUCUUUCAUAACCCUUGACAAAGAAAUAAAGUUUCAAGCUAAAAGUACAGAAUCAAGCAAUGGUGUAGAUGCAGUGGAACCUUCCAUAAAUUGUACUGUAGCCUUUAUGUCGCAAUGCAUGUCUUGGAACAAGUGUAAAAAUGCUUGCUCAUCUAUGGGUGCUUCAAGUUAUCGCUGGUUUCAUGAUGGUUGCUGUGAAUGUGUUGGUUCAACCUGUAUCAAUUAUGGAAUAAAUGAAAACAGGUGUUUGGAUUGUCCUCUGGACAAAGACCAGAUGACUGUUGAAGAAUUGAAUGUUAUAUCUAAAGAUUCAGUCAAAAUGGAGGAUGAACUCACUGAAGAAACUGACAAAUCAAGUGUUGAAUCAAAAAAUGAAGAGGAUUUUGACGAAAUUCAAAAUGUUGAUUCUUAGCCUAUUAAUAUUUGUUUUUUGAGCUAAUCAAAAAUACGUCCAUUUUAGAAUGUUGUUGCAUUUAUUUAUAUUUUUACUAGAUGCCAAUUUUAUAUGUAUGUAUAUUUCUUGAAUAAAUAUUUUUUUAACUUUGUAA